AUGCACGACAUUCCCAAUGCUCGGAUAAUAGCCUUUGGUUACGACGUGGCGGUGUGGCAUCCCUGGAUUCAGGUCUCCCAAGGACGGCUGUCUGAUAUGCUGCUGACCUGCCGGGCAGUCUCUCUGGCUGCCGGAACGACAAGCGAAAAGUACACACAUACCAUCGGUAUCUGCUUCCUAGGAACUCCACAUCGCGGCGCCAAAAUUGCAACCUGGGGUGAGCGGUCUGCCCGGAUGUUCAACAUCUUCAAGCCCGUCAACCACCAGAUGGUCAACCUCCUGGAACCACGGUCCAAAGCCCUUCUUGAGAUGCGUCGGUCGUUCUACAAUAUUCUGGAAAAGCGGGAAUAUGAGGGCUCCCGGAUUCAGAUUGUCUGUUUCUAUGAGACGAUCCCCAUGUUGUGGUCCUUGAUUGUAUCUGAGGAUUCGGCUACCAUUGAAGGGGAACCGUGUUUCCCCAUCUUCGCUAAUCAUGUGGAUAUGAUCAAGUUUGACACUCGACAGCACAGUGUGUACAUGGAUAUAUUGCGAGAAUUACAGCGUAUGAUGUCUGGUAGGAGUUCCGACCAUCUCUGCCCCGGCUGCCGGAAAUAUUGCAACACGGGUUAG